AUGGACUUUUUCAAUCCCCUUGACACAUCCCGAUUCGCAAACCUCAACAUUCUAACGACGACAUACAAAACCGUCAAUGACCACGAGAUAACCACCGAUGUGCUCUAUCCCAAGAGCCUCACUUCAUCAACUCCCCGCCCAGUUCUUCUGCGCUAUCAUGGUGGUGGUUUUUUCAGCGGCUCCAGUCUUUUCCCAGGCUUUUUCAACCCGUGGUAUAUCGAACUGGCAGAACGCUACGAUCAUUGGAAUUGGAUACGGCAGUCAUUAGGGUCCUUCCUGGAGGAAAAGACCAGCGGCACUCUCAAGGCAGACUUGGAUCGGAUCCUCACUGGUGGAGAUAGUGCUGGAGGCUAUCUGAGUAUCCAGAUCGCCUUGAACCAUCCCGACAAAAUUAGAGCCGUGACAGCAGCAUAUCCCUCGCUGGAUUUGAAAGCACCGCAUUACACCGGACAAUUCGAAAAGGUCAUUUUCAACAUGCCGUCUUCUCCACGCAAUCUGGUCGAUGAUUAUAUGAACAAGGUCAAGGCCAUCGAAGCCGAGACUGGCAAGAAGGUUGUUGUUUCUGCUGAUCCACGGUUGGAGCGGGCGACACUUAUGUUCUCUCCCUUUCAACACGGCCUGCUGUCCCAGUUUCUACCCGAUAAUCCCAGAGUUUUCCCUCUGGAUAGACUGGACAGGGGAGAAAGGUUUCCACGUGGGGGCAUCGUCAUACUGCAUGGUCUUGGGGAUACUGUCGUCCCUAUCGAAGGCAGCUACAAAUUAAAGGGGAAGCUGGAAGAGUUGGAUCCGGAGCUCGACGUCAAGUUGGUUGUUAGGGAAGGUGAGCAUGGCUUUGAUGGAGCGACAAGGGAUGAGGAGUGGCUUUGGAAUGGAGUCAAGGACUGUGUGGCUGCGUGGCUCAAGUAG